AUGAGUCAACUGGGUCUGUACGCUACUGCUUUACCAGGCAGCUCGUCCUUACAAGGGCCACCUUCACUGGACGAGUUCGUCGACUAUUUAAUAUCUGAGACGACCGACACCACCUCCCUUGUCGCACAACUGAAGGCCUCCAGUAUCAAGGAUACACGAGACUCGUUUUUGACAGCAAAGCUUUCAAAUGGCAAAGACCCCUUGUCUGUCCUAGAUCCUGAGCGACACACGAUUGGCUACUUGUACAUUCUAUGUGCGCGAUUGCACCAGAACUCCCAGGUUCCUCCUUCCACAGAGGCCAUCGAGGAGUUUUGCAGGCGCUUCAAUCCUCAGCACGCACGACUGUUGCCAGAAAAAGUCACGACGCUUGCGAAGGGCAUUGUUGGCCUUGCACGGAAGCUUGAAAACCCUAAAUUGGCCUUACGUCCUCUUCAUGGUCUCGUAACACGCUAUCCAAUAUCACCCGCACAUCUCACUACACUUCAUCCCAUCUUCCUCACGCUAUGCGUAGCGACUCAGCAUUUUACUGCGGCUCUACCAGUGCUUGAAACGCCGAUCACGACAAUCGACAUGUCGCUUUCAGAUCUCACCUAUAACGACAAUCUCGUAUAUCAUUAUGCAGGCGGCGUGGCACUCGGUGCACUGAAGCGGUGGCGGGAAGCGGAGGAGUUCCUUGAAAUCUGCGCAAGUUCGCCAGCACAGGUGCCGGCAGCGGUGCAGAUGGAAGCAUCGAAGAAGCUCGUUCUGAUUCAGCUAAUCCUGUAUGGCAAGACCGUCCCACCGCCGAAGUACACAAAUCCAGUCCUACAACGGCUACUCAAGUCUUCGCCGUAUGGCGCCUUCAUCAAGUCAUACCCGCAGCAACGCUCACAGCUCCUGAAGCUGAUAGAGAAGGAUAUAGAGACAUUCACCAAUGAGAAGAACCUCGGUCUUGUCCGACAGACGAUCGACCGUGCGCCGCGAUGGCUGAUUAGAAAGCUGACGGCGACAUAUCUUACGAUGGGCCUCGCCGACAUCGCGAAGGAAGUCGGCAUCGAGACCGACGAUGAAGUGCGGGCGAUCAUCCUCAACAUGAUCGACUCAGGGGAUAUCAAUGCAAGUAUUUCCGCCGAUGGAACAGUGACAUUCGCGGAUCAGCUCCCGCAGAUCUCGAAGGCGGAUGUCGACCGGCUGCUCAAGCAAGCACAAGAGCAGAGUAGGAUGCUACUCGAGAUGGAGCGUUCCAUGAAUUCCAACAAGGACUACUUGAACAAGGUCAGCCAUAGCUCUCUGAUCUCCGUCGAUGUGAAUACGGUCAUGCGCUAA